GAGCGAUAGUACUCUCCGAUAUUUUUUUAAAUUCACCUCUGUUCACCGCUAGAUUCAUGGUUGUGUCAUGGUCAGCAAGGAAUUAUCUCUGGUGAAUAUUAUAAGUUAGGAUCGUUAUGUUUUCAAACUAACUCGAUUUGUAAAUUUGCUGCGAAAAAUGACGCUCGUGUUAAUUGUGAUUCUAUUGCUGAUGGUAUGGAUAUAUUUGAAUUUUGUUAAACCUGCUGCUUACUGGAACGAGAGGAGGGUAUUUCAUGUUACUCCUGGAAGGAAAUUUUUGAAAGAAUUUUUCAGCAGGAAAUCGAUAUUCGAGCUUUCCCUGGACGCUUACAGGAAUUUUCCGAGUAGAAGAUUUUACGGCAGCUACCAAAUAUUCAAACCGUGUUUGGUUGUCACCGAUCUCGAUCUCAUCAAGCAAAUAACCGUCAAGGAUUUCGACCACUUUACUGAUCACUUUACGUUCUUUGACCAAAAAACUGAUCCUAUCUUAGGGCAGAAUUUGUUCGAAUUGAAAGGCGAAAGAUGGAAGGAUAUGAGAUCGACUCUUUCUCCAGCUUUUACCAGCUCAAAAAUGAAGGGGAUGUAUCCAUUCAUACAAGAAACUGCCAGGAAAUUCACAGAUCAUUUCUAUCAACUUCCCGAGGAUAUUAUUGAAAUGGACAUGAAAACAGCUUUCUCGAAAUUCACCAAUGACAUUAUAGCAACAUGCGCUUUUGGAAUAGAAUGCGACACACUGAAAAACGAGAGCAACGACUUUUUUGCAUUGGGUUCUCAAAUAGCCAAUCCUGCCAGUGGAACUAGACUUAAGCUACUUUUAAAAUUAAUGUUUCCUAGAUUUUAUGAAGUAUUUAAUAUGUCGUUAUUUCCACUAAAUAUAACAAACUUCUUCCAAAAUUUGGUGAAAACAAACAUUGAAUACAGGGAGAAGAACAACGUGAUUCGUCCGGAUAUGAUUCAACUGCUUAUGGAAGCCAAAAGAGGUCGUUUGAAGCACAGCGAUGAGAAUACAGAUCAAGAUACAGGCUUCGCUACUGUUGAAGAAUCCUCUGUAGGGAAAUCUCUCAGACAAAUAGAGCUCACUGAUGAGCUAAUGACGGCUCAAGCAUUAGUAUUUUUCAUAGCUGGAUUCGAUACCAGCUCUACAGUGCUCUCCUUCCUAGCACAUCAACUGGCUAUCGACCAGGAUGUUCAAAAGAAACUGCAGACCGAAAUAGACGAUGUUAUAAAAAGCCAAGAAUCUGUUAGCUAUGAAGAUUUACUAAAAAUGAAAUACUUGGAUCAAGUAAUAUCGGAAAUAUUAAGGAGGUAUCCUCCGGGUUAUACGUUAACUAGAGUUUGCGUUAAAGAUUAUAAAAUCGAAGCUGCUAAAAGGUCUGAAAAAACAUUCGUACUGAAAAAAGGAACUAUAGUUAGUUUACCGAUUAUCGGAAUCCAUAUGGAUCCGAUUUUCUUUCCGAAUCCAGAAAAGUUUGAUCCUGAGCGGUUCAAUGAAGAAAACAGAGCUCACAUCGUCCCGGGAAGCUUCAUGCCAUUUGGAAGUGGACCCAGGAAUUGCAUAGGUUCUAGAUUUGCUCUGCUCGAAUGUAAGAGUGUGAUAGUCUCGCUAUUGUCGAAGUUCGAUAUUUUACCUAACGAAAGAACCAGGAUACCCUUAAGAUUAGCAAAGAAAAUUAUGCUCUCUAGUAAAGAUGGCGUCUGUUUGAGUCUUAGGAGACGUAAAUUUGACAAUUAAUUUGUUGUUUAGAUAUUUAACCAAUCAAUGUUUUCAGUGAUUAAUAGAUUAAUAAAUUACUUAUAUACCAGAUGGUUUGGAAAAGAAAUGAAACGACAUUUCACAAUUAUGAUCAAUGUCUAAUUGGGUGGUUUUAUUACUAAAAGUGUUUUUAGCUAAUAUUUAGAUUUACACAAUUUACACUCCAUGAUAAUUUUACGACGGUAAUUAUUUUAAACGCAAUGCGAUAUGCACUUAUUUUUUAUUAUUGCAUUGUGUGGUCUCUCUGUAUAAAAUUCCACAAUCUAGUAAUUAA